AACAUAUCGUUACAUUUUUUGAAAUGUAAUCGGUUGAAGUAUCAUAUUUCAAAGGUCAGAGAAAAACUGCCUAUCAAACAAUUCUAGCGUAUCUCGUCUCUUCUUACAAAGAAAACAUUUCCGGAAGGAUUUUCGUUGUGUUGAUCAAUAUAAAUAGAAGACCGGAUUCCUUUUGUACUUCAGAAGCGAAGGAACCUCUUGGGCGGAGAGGUUCUUUGUUAAGUAACAAGCGUGCAUAGAGUUGCCGCGCAGUUUGGUAAAAUUCAGUGCGAAUUAACAGAUCGGAGAUUUUUAUUCGCGCGAGUACGGAAGAACGUAAAAACACGCUCGCAAUGUAACACGUUGAUCGAUAAACGAAGAAAAUCUGAAUAGAAACGUCGCUUCCGCGGCAUUUUCAACAUAAUCAAUUGUCAUUAAUUCAAAUUCAAAUCGUCGUCAUUGAAUUUGCGACAGUGCGAUGGCGUUUCCGAGACUGUUGACGAGCGUAUUGAUACUUGCCGCUGCGAUUGCUCUUUCCGAAACAUGGGAAAAUAAUACGUAUGAGUAUCGUUUGCCAGAGAACGUAGCGCCCGUUCACUACGACAUCAAGUUAAUACCGUACAUUGAAGAGGGCAACUUCACUUUUGACGGCGAAUCCAGCAUCGUCGUCGAGAUUCGCCGGACUACGAGAGAGUUGAAGUUGCACAUCGUGUGGUUAACAAUCGACGAAACUGCGACAACGCUGAUAAGCAACAACGACAGUUACACGCCGACAAAUCAUACGUAUUGCAGUAUGACGCAGAUGUUAACCCUUACUUUCGAUAAUGAGCUGUCACCCGGCGUUUACACUCUACGUAUGAAAUUCGCCGGUGUUCUGAAGAACACUCCCUACGGUUUCUACGUAACGUCGUAUAUCAACGAAGAAGGACGGAAAAUAUGGUUGGCCUCGACGAAUUUCGAGAUGAGAUGGGCCCGUCACGCGUUUCCCUGCUGGGACGAGCCGGCGUUGAAAGCCACUUUUAAUAUCUCCAUAAAACACAAUCGCAAUUACACGGCUCUGUCGAAUAUGCCGAUACGAGAACAAACGGAAGACGGCAGUGAGGAUGGAAUGAUAUGGACGCAUUUUGAGAAGACUCCGAUCAUGUCCACUUAUCUGGUGGCGUUCGUCGUGUCCGAUUAUGUUCGAAUUUCCAAUGAAGACGGAACCGUCAAUACGUGGUGCAGAUCCGCCGUGACGCCGUACGUAAAAUAUCCUCAGGAAGUUGCCACAAGAGCGAAACAGUUACUGACCGAAUACACCAACAUUACCUACAAAGUUCCGAAAAUGGAUCUUGCCGCGGUACCGGAACUCGAAUUCACCGCUAUGGAAAACUGGGGACUCAUCAUCUACAGAGAACUGUCUCUUUCAUAUAACGAAGAAUCAGAUACUCUAUAUCACAAGCAUCAUGUAGGAGAAGUUGUAGCACAUGAAAUGGCGCAUCAAUGGUUUGGUAAUCUGGUCGGUCCUUUAUGGUGGACUGACUUGUGGUUAAGCGAGGGAUUUGCAACGUUCUUCGCAUACUAUAUUCUCGAUCAGAUGUAUAAAGAUUGCCGAAUAAUGGAGCGCUCCGUGGUUUUCAUUCAGCACAACACUCUUGAGUUCGAUAACGUUGAGAAUAAAAUUCUAGUGCCCGUCAUGUACGAACUCGAAAACUUUGAAGAAACAGAUUCACUUUUCGGCUCAAUUAUGUACAAAAAAGCAUUCUGCGUACUGCGCAUGAUUCAGAAUAUUAUUACCGAAGAUGUAUUUCGCAAGGGUGUUAUUAAAUAUUUACACGCCCAUCAGUUUGGCUCAAUUACCGCCGACGACUUGUGGAGCGCUUUCCAAGAGGUAUUGAACGAAUCGGACGUUCCGCAUGACGACUACAAAGUAAAGGAGGUGAUGGACACCUGGAUAAAAAAACGUCAUUACCCCGUGGUGUGCGUGACUAUGAAUUACGACACCGAUGAAGUGUUAUUGACGCAACGGCAUUUGCGUUCGGGAAGCGAAAUCAACAAGUACGACGACAAGUGGUGGAUACCCAUCACCUUUGCAACGCGAUCAAAUCCCGAUUUCUCCGCGACUGCACCUACCGUCUGGUUGAGACCGCAAGAUCGCCACGUAAUUUUAAACGGAAUCGAGCCAAAUGACUGGAUCGUCGUCAACUUGCAGUCGAUGGGAUAUUAUCGCGUCAAUUACGAUUUGUACAACUGGCUGAAAAUUGUGAAUUGUCUCAACUCGGAUGAUUAUGUGAAAAUACACGUGCUCAAUCGUGCGCAGCUCAUAGAUGACGCCCACUUCUUCAUGUGGACCCAUCAGCUCGACGUUGACACGUUUCUAAGUUUAAUAACAUACUACGAGCGAGAAACAGAUUUCAUAGCGUGGCAGCCCAUGUUUGCACUUUUCGAAAGUAACGCGCAAGUUUUCAAGUUUCCCCAAACUUCUUGUCUGCAGCGAUUCUUUGCUAAACUGAUGAAUAACCUUAUUGAAAGCAUGGGAUACGAAGAAGAUCCGGCCGAUGAUGAUUUCACGAAGAUGAAUAGAAUGUCGGUUUUACGAUGGGCGUGCGCUUUCGGUCACGUUAAAUGCAAAACUAUGGCCACUACUUUACUGAGUCAACAUCUAGCAGAUCCCGAAACACACAAAGUUUCGCCAAAUUUAAAGGAUUGGAUAUUCUGUAAUGGCCUGGCGGGAGCGAACGCAUCUACUUGGAAUAAGUUCAAGGAGACGUACGUCAAGAAUUCAGAUAUGAUACUUCUGCGAUACCUGACUUGCUCCGAUGAUCCCGAUAUUCUCAUUAAUUUCUUGGACACGUCUCUAUCAAACAAUUCAUUAACGAAUAACGACUACAAAAUCAUAUACAGCAGUAUCAUUCGGAGACACGUGAACAAUGACUUAGUCCUCGAUUAUUUAUUGGCAAAUUUGAACAAAACAAUCUCCAGAGGAUUUUCACUGACAGGAAUAAUUGCGGGAAUUAUUCACAAUACGCAUUCUGCCGAACGAUUUGAAAAGAUAACCAACUUCGUGAAAAGUAACUUCGACAAGAUAUUCGAAAAGAUCAAACCCAUGUAUUACCACGAAACCGAUUUAACAUGGUCCAAUUUAGUCUAUACAUUUCGACCGGCGUGUGCUUUAAUAGAGUAGAUUAGAGCGUGAAACGAUAAGAAAGUAGCAACUACAUGUGUAAUAAUAACUCAAAGAAUCACACUCACAAGUUCCAAUGUAUUUUCUGUAUUAGUACGUAGACACGGCGUGUCGGGGAUCUUGAUGAAAUUUCGAAUAAACUUCAAUAAAAUUUG